GUGGCGAAUAAACCAAACCAAAACAAGGGUCUACACAUGCUGUGUGUUCCAUCAUUGAAUGUUCUGUUGACAUAUGAACUAGAAAGUCCCCAUUUUUGAUUGAAAACUCUCACCCUCUUCAAUUUCUGUGCAACUUUCUCUCUCACACUCAAUUUCUUGUGCUCACUAGGUAUUUUUUGGAGUCAGCAUUUUACUACUUUGUUCAACAAUCUUUUUCUGUGCAUUUGCUUGGUUUUUUGUGUGCUUUUAGUUGGAUCUAGAUUUAGUUGGGGAAAACCCAUUUGAUUGUUUGGUAAUUGGGAUGUGGUUGCUUACAGGGAUGGAAUGGGUAUUUGCUAAUGGGUGGUGCUAAGUCAGCUGUUGAUUUAAUGGAAUCUUCAUCUGAAGUUCAUUUUUCUGGAUUUCACACAGAUGGUUUUGAGCAAAGAGAAGCUAGCAUAGAACAACCAACAACAUCAGCAACCGAAAUGUACAAUCAACCUUUCGUCAUAGGUGUUGCUGGAGGUGCGGCAUCUGGCAAAAAAACAGUUUGUGAUAUGAUUGUUCAGCAGCUUCAUGACCAACGAGUUGUGCUUGUUAAUCAGGAUUCUUUUUACAAUAACCUGAGUGAGGAGGAACGAUCAAGGGUACAAGAUUACAACUUUGACCAUCCUGAUGCUUUUGAUACCGGGGAAUUGCUUCGUGUUAUGGACAAAUUGAAGCACGGUGAAGCUGUAGAUAUUCCAAAGUAUGAUUUUAAGAGUUACAAAACUGACACGUUAAGAAGGGUGAACCCUUCAGAUGUUAUAAUUUUGGAAGGCAUCCUUGUUUUCCAUGAUCCACGUGUUAGGGAGUUGAUGAAUAUGAAGAUAUUUGUUGAUACAGAUGCUGAUGUUCGUUUGGCAAGAAGGAUUAGGCGUGAUACCAGCGAGAAGGAUCGGGACAUUGGAGUGAUUCUUGAUCAGUAUUCAAAAUUUGUGAAGCCAGCUUUUGAUGACUUUAUUCUUCCAACAAAGAAGUAUGCUGAUAUAAUCAUACCUCGUGGAGGAGAUAAUCAUGUGGCUAUUGAUUUGAUUGUUCAGCAUAUCCGCACAAAGCUUGGUCAGCAUGACCUUUGUAAAAUAUAUCCGAAUUUAUAUGUCAUUCAGUCGACAUUUCAGAUACGCGGUAUGCAUACCUUGAUACGUGAUGCUCAGAUAACGAAGCAUGAUUUUGUAUUUUAUUCUGAUCGUUUGAUUCGUUUGGUCGUAGAACAUGGUUUAGGACAUCUUCCAUUUACAGAAAAACAAGUAAUCACUCCCACAGGUUCUGUUUACACUGGUGUGGAUUUUUGCAAAAGGUUGUGUGGUGUCUCUGUCAUCAGAAGUGGGGAGAGUAUGGAGAAUGCCUUAAGAGCAUGCUGUAAAGGUAUUAAGAUUGGAAAAAUUCUGAUCCACAGAGAAGGCGACAAUGGUGAACAGCUAAUAUAUGAAAAAUUGCCAAACGACAUCUCAGAAAGGCAUGUGUUACUAUUGGACCCUAUUCUCGGCACAGGUAAUUCGGCUGUUCAUGCAAUUUCUUUACUUAUAAGAAAGGGUGUGCCAGAAUCCAACAUUAUAUUUCUUAAUCUCAUCUCUGCUCCUAAAGGGGUUCACGUGGUCUGCAAAAGUUUUCCAAGAAUUAAAAUAGUGACAUCUGAGAUAGAGAUUGGUUUGAAUGAAGAUUUCCGUGUCAUACCGGGAAUGGGCGAGUUUGGAGAUCGGUACUUUGGAACAGAUGAUGAUGAUGAACAAGUGGUGGUUGCUUCACAGAAGUGAAACCAAACUCAACAAAAUCUUUUGGUUAAUCAUAAUUACAAGAAACUUUCUAUGCUGCAAUUUGUUGCUCAAUUUCUACUAUGCUAGAGGGUCUGAAUUUUAGUUCAACAUAAACUUAGACUCUACUAGGCCAGGAAUAACUAUGAUAAUUUGAUGUUAUCUUAUACUACUAUAUUCUAUAACAAAAAUAAUUGGUAUGCGAUUGAGACUUCAUUAA